UCUGUUAUAAAUGAACGAUAAGAAAUCCUUGAAAUGGUUAUUCUGCAUGACGAUGAAUAUUAUCGAAAUAGAAUACCUGAGCCUGACUUAGGAGCAUUUCAAAAUUUUUUGCGAUUUGUUUGGAGUCCAGAUAGAAGACAGUUGUUUGGUAGAAGUGGAAAAGAAUGGGCCUUGUUGGGACUCUUUUACUUGUGUUUCUUUACUGUAUUGGGUUCCUUGUUCGCAUUGCAAAUGUGGAUUAGUAUCGACUAUGUUUCAAAAUUAGAAAGACCGUUUUUUCUUUAUAGCGGUUUAAUGCCUAGAUCUUAUUUUGAUGGCAAUUUUCCGCUUUUUCGUCAACUACAUUUUGAUAAUCCAGGAAUUGCUUUCAAACCAAAUAUUUUGCUACCCACGAAAUCUCCUAUUAUUUGGGUAGAUAAUUUUAAUACAAACGCUCGACCAAAAAGAUAUGUGCAAGCCUUAAGUGACUUUUUACAAGAAUACAAUAAAAGUAAAGAGAGCUAUAAAACAGUUGCGGAAUGUAGUGCAUUAAUCACAUCUAAUACAAAACCUUGUUUCUUCGAUAUUGAAAGCCUUGGUGUUUGUGGGCAGCCUCCAUAUGGAUAUACUGAUCCAUUACAACCGUGUGUUCUCAUUAAGUUCAAUAAGAAGUUUAAUUGGGUACCAAUUCCUUACAAUAAAUCGUCCCUCUUACCAGAGAAUAUGCCACAUGCUUUGCAGGAAGCUGUGCAAUUUUCAAACAAGUUUCAAAUCUGGUUAUGGUGUGAUGGAGUGAAUAACGUUGAUAAAGAGCAUAUCGGAGAAAUUGAGUAUUUACCAAGUCCUGGAUUUUCUGUGCAAUAUUUUCCGUUUAUUGGUCAACCAGAUUAUUUGACACCUGUAGUCGCGCUGCGUUUUAAAAAUGUCACAUCGUUUAGAUUAGUGACGGUGGAAUGUAACUUAUGGGCACUCAAUAUUAACAAAGAUGAACAGAAUGCAUUGGAUUUUCAACUAAUUCUGGGCGAACUAUAAAAGGCGGUGAUCAACAAAUGUUUAUGUACCUUAAAUAUUUAUUAACAAAUAUGCAAAUAUAAUAAAAAGUUGGAUUAUUUUUAAUGUACUUUGUGCAGAAUGUGAAAAGUGAAUUUUAUUUAUCCGCAGUUCUUAUAAUUUCGCAUUAAACAUUUAUUAAUUUGUAAAAAAUCUUGUCGUUAAUAAUAAUUGCUUUAUUA